AUGACAUUGCGCAGUCAGAAGCCGAUUCUCGUCUAUUGUCUUGAGAUGGGGAGGAAGAUAUUGAUCCUUACGGAGGCCGGAGUCCGGAGUAUAGAGAAAGUUAAAAACCGAAAUAGACCGUCUGAGAGACACCGAGACCACGGUUCUCCGUAUUACGGGGGCAAGGGCAUUCUGAUUGAUACUGCGUACAAAUCGAACCGGGAGGUGGUCCUGGUGGUCCUGGUGGUCUGGUUGGGGCUAAAGCGGGUGGAUCCUACAUCCGUCUGCUGGAUCAGCAAACUGGAGGUCCCAAUUGCGGCCAGGGACUGGGCCGAUGCGUAUGCACGAGGCCCCGUAACUCCCAGGAGGUUUUCUUUCCCUUUCGCUGGCCGCUCACCGAAAGAUCAAACGGCGGUAUACUACUUGAAAGUAUGCUUCUGGAAUCAUACGGGCACCUACCCAAAUUACACGCAGGGGUACCUGAAUCCAGAACUAUCCAGGACUAUUUGGUGGGAAGAAUUGUGGUCAAUUCCCGUAAAGUAUGGGGAACGUAGGGCAGAUACUGCGAGUCAAAUACUCACGAGAAUGGCUUCCGAGGAUCCCCAACGCCGCCAAUCCCGGCUGACAGGAUGGGUCUUGGGCCGACCCGCUUUUUCUUACGGCGGCUCCACCGAAUCUCAACAAAGUCCGCUGGCUGCAGCAUCGCAAGCCGCUAAGCCCCUUGUAUUGCCCGAGCUCGGCCCUGAUCGUGCUCUGUAUCAUGUCGUUUUGGCGGUUUUUACUGUGGCUUCAGUUGAUCAUUCCAUCCAUCCUCCUCCAUCUUCGGACCCCAAAAAUUCUGCUUCGUCGAAACUUCUCCUCCCCUCCCCCCCCCUCUUUCCCUUCUAG